GCUCGUAAGUAGGUUUCUUGCGCAUGCGUAGACGUUGGCAAAUUUGAAACUGUCCAACCAGAGAGUAAAGCUUCAAGACCCGGCACUUUCAAAACGACACUACAGCCCAAUUGUUUUCAAGCUAGCUUAGCCGAAAGAAGACAUUUUAAGCACCAAGAUUGGUUAAAGCGUGGUAACUACAUUAACAGAAAAAUGGAAGACGAAGAUCCCGCGGCUCCUAUGAAGAGCAGAAAAGAGCUGCGCAAGCAGAAGAUGAUGGAAUACUUGACCAUGAGAGGGAAGUCCAACUUGGUCGCACCCAAGCCAAACCUCUGUAAUGGUCCAGCCGGGAAGCCUGAGACUUGGCGGCCAUCUACCCUCCAGCUGCUCAAGGGCAAAGAAAAUAAAACUACCACCAUCAAAUGCAGACAGAGAGACAAAAACACUCAACCUUUGGCUCCUCUCGCCAACCAAAAACCUUCCAGAAAAACAUUCUUUGCUCCAAAGAAAGAGAGUCUACACAGCAACAUCCGGACUGGCCCGCAGAAAGCCGGAGGUUUGCUUAGUCUCCGGUCAACGCUCACUGAAAAGCCAUCUUCCACAGCGACGUCCAGCCUGUCCUCCAAGUCCGACCUGAAAGCAGACAGUCUUCCCACCAAGCAGACCAGAGUCAGGAUGCUGCUUGCAGGGAAAGCAUCAUCCACUGUCCACCUUCCGCUUCUCAAGAACACCGGCAGCACAUUGAGGCCUGCAUCAAAUACAGCCGGUUCCUUCCCGGUAAAUACUUACCGGAUGAGUCUGGGGCCCAUGGUCAAAACAAGGACGGGUCUCAUACCCGCAAUGAUCCCACCCAAAGUCACCAGGCCAAUCCCGAUUCGGACGGCCAAUCCCAGCGCUGCUGCUCCGCAAUGCCACGUCUCGUCUUCCCGCCCCGUCUCCCAAACCUCCUCCGCGGCUCAGGUGAAGAAAAUCCCAGUCCGCCAGAGACCGACUGCCCCUUGUCGGGUCACCAACACGACCCAGGAGGCCAACGUGUCUCGCUCCAAAGCCAUCCCCGUCAAACAGUCACAACUGUCUUCUCUUAAGCCGAAAUCAACAUUCACCACCUCCUCAUCACGUACAGCACCACACAAACCACCCGGUCAGCCGGAACAGCGGCGGCCUGAGCCCCAGGCGAGGCAGACGAGCCAGCACUCCAAAGCUCACGGAGGAAUGGCGGCGAGGGGGUGCGUUGCCAAGGUAACCGGCAGAGUGCCUCUAGCUGCGGCACAGGUGGCGAAACCCAAGACGGCAAACAAGGCGGCGGACGCCUCAAUUAAGACCGGUCCAAAGAGACCAAACGUCAGCCAACUGAAGCCGCCUCCCGUUAUGAAGGCGCCAAAGCCCCAAACUGUGGGAAAGAAGGUGACGGCUGAGCAAGAGGACAGAAUGAGGAAACUGCAGGCGUGGCGGGAAGCCAAGGGUAUUUCCUACAAGCGACCUCCCUUGCCAGUAAAGCCGCCGGCCAGGCGGGCUGCGGCCUUGCCUCGACCUUUCUGGGCCACGUUGAAGCUGGAGGACGACGCUCGCCGCGUUAUCGCCGCCGUGGAAAGAUCCCUGUCCGACUGCAUUAAGCUGCUUGCCGAGGGCUGCCAAGGCCAGCAGGUGAGGGAGGUCCUCUCCCGCCUGCCGCCCGUGUCCCAGAAGUUUGCCAAGUUCUGGAUCUGUAAGGCCCGCCUGAUGGAGCAGGAGGGCAACCUGGACGUCCUGCCCAUGUUUGAGGAAGCCGUAAGCGUAGUGCUGGAGCCGGUGGACGAGCUGAGGACGGUGAUGUUUGACAUCCUGAAGAAGAAGGAUGAGAGCCGAGCCUGUCAAGGCGACGGCAGAGAAGGUUGCCAAACUCCAAACCAAGUGGAAAGCGAUGCAGAGAGUAACGACGACACGGCGGUGACUCCCCCGAAACCGGUCAGAGCCCUCAUCCAUGGCGAGAAAGGAUGCUCGUCUACCAUCAAGUACAAGAUCACAGCCACUCCGGGCCCCCCUUCAAGCCAGCAGAGGGAGCCCAAGCGAGUGAACGGCCAGAAGGUGCUCUUCUUCACGCCUGUGAGGCGCUCGGUGCGCAUCGAGACGAUGUCACUGCCAUACCCGCCGUCCCUCCAGGAGCACGACCCCUGCGUGGCCUCCUACAGCGACCUGCUGGCCGCCCAAGAGGAGACGGAGGGCGCGGCGCAACAGAUGGCCGGCGAAAGGAGCUCCACCGACGGCACGCCGAUGUACGUCUUCAGGGAGAACGAGGCGCUCCAAGACAAAAUAUUUGUCCAGCUUUUGAGGGAGGAGGAGGCCUGACCACAACAUUAGGUACACCCGCCCAUGACAUCAAUGUAAGCGAUGUGUGUUGAUGGCAGCCAUCCUCCAAACUGUUGGCAGUGGAGCGGCUGGGAGGAUUUGUAAACAGCAAAACUGCUUUUAUUCCAAAUAUGAAAAAUGCCUCGGCAGUCGAAAUCCUCGAAUGAUGCCACCGUUGCUUUUUCUUUGGCUUAUUCCGACCAUCGUAGUUGGGCAGCAGUGAUGUCAAAGAGGUGGAACCAGAAACUUAUACACACUGCUCAAGCCACAGCGAUAAAAAAUUCCCUUCGUUUUAUGUCACUUCUCUUGUGGUCUUAUGUACAGUUCUUACCUUUUCAUGUUGCUUAAAAUAGUUAAUAAAAACUUUUAUAU